UCAUUUCCAAGGGACGCAACUCUUGACAGUGCAGUGCCUCGCUUCAAACGACAAUGCCACCCUUGUCCUUCUGCCAGCUGGGUUUGGUGUUGGUAUUGGUUGGUCUGACCUCAGCUAAAUAUCAUGAUGUGUGCCAGCUGCCCAAAGACCCCGGUCCAUGCAGAGCGUACUUCCAAAAGUACUACUUCAACAGCAGGACGUGUCUCUGUGAGAAGUUCGUGUACGGAGGGUGUGGGGGGAAUGCCAACAGAUUCGAAACUCUGGAGGACUGCAGGCGUAGAUGUGGUGGCGGCUACCUCUGCAGCCUCCCGUAAGAUCCGUGACGGUGACUUCCCCAGAUGGUGGUACAACAAACGUACAAACAAAUGUCAGAGAUUCAUCUAUGGAGGCUGUGAGGGGAACGCCAACAACUUUCAAACACUUUACGAAUGUCGUUUCCAGUGUCGGAGAAGAUCGACAUAUGCGGUGUCCUCUGCAGCCUCCCCAGAGAUCCGGGUCGUUGUGACGAUGACAUCCCGAUGGUGGCACAACAAACGUACAAACAGAUGUCAGAGAUUCAGCUAUGGAGGCUGUGAGGGGAACGCCAACAACUUUGAAACACUUUACGAGUGUCGCUUCCAGUUGUGCCAGCUGCCCAAAGACACCGGUCCAUGCAGAGCGUACAUCCCACAGUACUACUUCAACAGCAAGACGUGUCUCUGUGAGAAGUUCGUGUACGGAGGGUGUGGGGGGAAUGCCAACAGAUUCGAAACUCUGGAGGACUGCAGGCGUAGAUGUGGAGGCGGCGACCUCUGCAGCCUCCCCAAAGAUCCGGGUCAGUGUGCGGCCGCUAUCCGCAGAUGGUGGUACAACAAACGUACAAACAAAUGUCAGAGAUUCAUCUAUGGAGGCUGUCCGGGGAACGCCAACAACUUUCAAACACUUUACGAAUGUCGUUUCCAGUGUCAGAGAAGAUCGACAUAUUAAAACUUACAUAUCCUUACACUAUAUACAGUCGUAACACCGGCGUCUGUCCAGGAAGAAUUGUACGUUGUAACCAAUAAAACCUGUUUGAAGUAA